AUGCGCUGGCCGCGAGGUCUGACCCUCGUGUUCGUCGCCGCCUUGGUCGUCGGCGUCGUUCUCGCCGUCGUGUUGACCGUGGUUUUUACAACUCGAUCCGCAAACAGUGGUAAAUUUCUUUUUGUAAAACUCCUGGGAAAACUAAUAGUUUUUAAACUAUUCUUAUCAAUUGAAUAUUAAAACUCAUAACUUGAUGGAUUGCUUUGAACAGAAAUUCAAAAUGUUUUCAAUAAAUACAAACAGUUUUUAUAUUUCAUCCUUCACCAGUUUGAUGCAAAAAUACUAUAAAAAAAUUCAGAUUUUUUAAUUUUUAACCCAGUUCUGGUCCUGAAAUGAUAAUCACCUCUGUAAGUUUACUAGGGAACGUUUUUUUACCACCCCGAUUCAAACUUUGAUGAAACUUCACUGAAGUGUUCUUUAUUACUUCCUAACUGCAGAGCAAGAAACAAAUUUCUCGCAAUAAAUCACGUUUUUCAAGUUAACACACUUGAAAAAAAAGCGCUUUUUGGUCAUAAAUUGUGUAUUUUACAGACUUUAAAGCUUCAUAAACAGGGAAAAAAACGAUAUUUUUGUUAGAAUUUUUCUCAUAAAACUAUUUUUUUCAUUGACACAGAAAAAAAGAAUUUGCAGUAGAUCUUUAUUUGAAGUUUUUCCAAAUUAAUAUUGAGAAAAAUAAACAUGAUUCAGAUAAAUCUGUGUCUCCCUUUAUUUUUAAUAUGCGGUUCACUUAAGAAAUCAUUUUUUUCAUAAUGUUGUAGAAUUUAAAAAAACUCAGAAAUUUUUCCUCUAUUUGGCAAAAUAGUUUUUCUUUCAGAAGCUCCCUUGAAAGUGAUAACGAUAUCGAUUUGCACAAGUAGUGAUGAACCAAUUAAAUCUUCAACUUUCCGGUUUAAGAGAGAUGGCCCAAGCUGCUCAUUUAACGACGUUAGUUGCACUUGCCAUAACUAGUAAAAAUACUUGCUAAUCGUAAAAUUCCUUUAGAACCAAAAAGAAGCUCAGAGUUUCGUACAAAGUAACAAUGGUGCUCAAUUCGUGAUCGUUUCCUACGCCAAAGACUCGAGUGUAAGUUUGAAUAAUAUUCCGACCUUCUAUUGUGAUUUUGAAGGUUUCUGACAUGAUGUCUUCGAAUGAUGCGCAAACAUUCAUCGGUAAUAUCAAAACAAGUGGUAGCGGAAUCAACCAAACCAAGUGAGCUAAAAUUGGAUUAUGCAGUUUUUUGAAAGCUAUAUUUAUGGCUAGAGUUAGUUUCAUGAACUGGAUAAUCUUUAGAUAUUCAAUUCUGUCAUUGAGGACCUAUUAAUAGAAAAGUAUAAAUUCAUUUCGAAAUAAAAGAAAGACUAGAAUAAAACUUAGUUUAAAUUUUUUAGUGUUUUCUUUCGACUUUUUUCCACGUGUUUCACUGAUUUCAGAGAAAAUCAGAUAUUGAUUUUUUUUUCAACUCAGUAAUUCGGCGAAAUAUCGACCAGAUGCUCAAAUUCAUGCUUUACCUGGAAAAAAACAGAUAGUCUACGUACCUUUUUAUCUUGCACAAUGAUAAUUUUUCCAGUGCUUUGUCCAAUUAUAACCCCGGCCUUUACGCACAAUCGGACUUUCUUCACUUCACACCAUGCAGCACUUCAUAUGCGUUAGCUGGUUCUUAUGCAUAACUAUAGAUUUCAUUUCUUUUACAGAAACUACAAUGCGGACAAAGCUGCCGUAUCCAGCACUGUCCGAACAAUUUCACAAAAAAACAAAAUAGCAGUGAUUUCUUUCUCUCUGAGUACCACGGACCUGAACAACGCGUACGGUUUCAACAACAGUCCCUCUCUCAAAACCGUUGGAGCAGACGUCCAGAACAAAACCGAUAGCUUGACUAACUUUUUCGGAGGUGAGAAUUUCUCAAAUAUUCACAAUAUUUGACUUCUUCUCUUCAUGCAACCUAUCUAACGGCUUUUUCCAGACAGUUCGACGACCAAACCAGCACCUACGACCACUGCGAACCCUACUUCCACUUCAACGGUAACCGCUCCCACCGAGACAACAAGCGUUACGGGGUCUUCUGCGACUAGCCAAAACCCUCCGAAGACAACGGCCCGUUCUUCUCCUGCCGUUACUAGCAAAGUUCCUCCUGUCACCACUGCCGCGACUUCCAAAAAACCAGUCACUACAGCUCCUAAUACUUCCAAAGUCACUUCUGCAACUUCUAGCAAGGCUCCUCCUGUGACAACUGUUCCGACAACUAAAAAGCCCGUCACAACGGUUCAUAAUACCUCGAAAGCUUCGGUUUCAACUCAAGCUCCACCCGUGACAACUGCUCAGACCUCCGAGAAACCCGUUACGACAGUACCGAUUACGACCAAGGCUGCGUCUACGGUUUCAACUCAAGCUCCGCCGGUGACCACUGCUCAGACCUCCGAGAAACCCGUUACGACAGUACCGAUUACGACCAAGGCUCCGUCUACGCUUUCAACUCAAGCUCCACCCGUGACAACUGCUCAGACCUCCGAGAAACCCGUUACCACAGUACCGAUUACGACCAAGGCUCCGUCUACGGUUUCAACUCAAGCUCCGCCGGUGACCACUGCUCAGACCUCCGAGAAACCCGUUACGACAGUACCGAUUACGACCAAGGCUGCGUCUACGGUUUCAACUCAAGCUCCGCCGGUGACCACUGCUCAGACCUCCGAGAAACCCGUUACGACAGUACCGAUUACGACCAAGGCUCCGUCUACGCUUUCAACUCAAGCUCCACCCGUGACAACUGCUCAGACCUCCGAGAAACCCGUUACCACAGUACCGAUUACGACCAAGGCUCCGUCUACGGUUUCAACUCAAGCUCCGCCGGUGACCACUGCUCAGACCUCCGAGAAACCCGUUACGACAGUACCGAUUACGACCAAGGCUCCGUCUACGGUUUCAACUCAAGCUCCGCCGGUGACCACUGCUCAGACCUCCGAGAAACCCGUUACGACAGUACCGAUUACGACCAAGGCUCCGUCUACGGUUUCAACUCAAGCUCCGCCGGUGACCACUGCUCAGACCUCCGAGAAACCCGUUACGACAGUACCGAUUACGACCAAGGCUCCGUCUACGGUUUUCAACUCAAGCUCCGCCGGUGACCACUGCUCAGACCUCCGAGAAACCCGUUACGACAGUACCGAUUACGACCAAGGCUGCGUCUACGGUUUCAACUCAAGCUCCGCCGGUGACCACUGCUCAGACCUCCGAGAAACCCGUUACGACAGUACCGAUUACGACCAAGGCUCCGUCUACGCUUUCAACUCAAGCUCCACCCGUGACAACUGCUCAGACCUCCGAGAAACCCGUUACCACAGUACCGAUUACGACCAAGGCUCCGUCUACGGUUUCAACUCAAGCUCCGCCGGUGACCACUGCUCAGACCUCCGAGAAACCCGUUACGACAGUACCGAUUACGACCAAGGCUCCGUCUACGGUUUCAACUCAAGCUCCGCCGGUGACCACUGCUCAGACCUCCGAGAAACCCGUUACGACAGUACCGAUUACGACCAAGGCUCCGUCUACGGUUUCAACUCAAGCUCCGCCGGUGACCACUGCUCAGACCUCCGAGAAACCCGUUACCACAGUACCGAUUACGACCAAGGCUCCUUCUUCGGUUUCCACUCAAGCUCCACCCGUGACGACUGCUCAGACCUCGGAGAAGCCCGUGACCACUGCACCAAUUACGACAAAAGCUUCUUCCUCGGUUUCAACUCAAGCUCCGCCGUUGACCUCAACUGCUCAGACCUCCGAGAAACCGGUCACUUCUACAACUGUAUCAGGUAAACCGCAAACGUCUUCAACUGCUACCAUCCAAACGACAGCAACGAGGAUCUCCACAGGUACUAGCAUGCAACCUCAAACCUCUUCAGCUUCUUCUGUGACAUCAACGAUUUCGCCAGGCACUAAGCCAUCUACAGUUGUCACAAUGCCUCCUAGGAGUUCAACACUCACUUCUCAAGUAUCAACACAAAAAACUGUGGCUCAAUCGACUCAAAUGAGUUCUACUCAAACAAUUUCUGUUUUGACUACAACAAUAACUAAACAAUCAGCGUCACCCACGUCGAAUUCUCCUUCUUCGCAAUCUACUCAAACGAAACCAUCUAUUCAAACCACGCCCCUCUCUUCUCGUAUGUCAUCCGUUUCUUCUACAGCCAAUGUUGUCACUACCUCUCCCUCAAUAAGUACAACCAUUAUCAUAAAUACUUCUAGCACACAUUCAGAGUCUCCCACAACUAGUAUUCCGCUGAUUUCCAGUUCUCCAUCUACGUCAAUCUCUGGAGGUUCAACAACGACGUUUAUUUCUAGCACUUCUUCAGGUCCUACUAGCCCUACUCACACUACUUCAACUUUUUCGACUUCAAUUCCAAGCUCUCAUUCCACAUCAGCUUCUGUUCCACCCAUUACAAACUCUCCGUCAUCCAGUCCGAGAACUGCGUCAACGUCUGUUUCGUCAACGAUAUUCUCCCAGAGCUCAACUUCACCUCACGCCACCAGUUCACAAUCUUCUAG